AUGAUUGAUAACGCAUUGAAGGCCGACAAUUUGUACACUAAUAGAUUGUUCAGCGGUAUACACGCGUCUACGCAACUUUCACAUUGUAAGCCAACCUCCACUUCAUCCAAUGAAUCUCAGAGUUUAUUACACGAUGCCAUUCAUGACAAUGAAAAUGAACCAUCAAAUGACACUGCCGAUAUUAUGAACGUCAAAUUGAUUAAUAUUGUACGUUCAAAGUAUGGCAUGGGCAAUUUUGCUUCCCUAUUUGCGGAUAAAAUGGAAUCUGCUUGUACUCCCUUGGAACUCCUCACUCAAAACUAUGAUAAAGCUAGCAGUACCAAUCUAAAUAAUAAAUUUUCAAAUGCAUUCAAUGACGAAGCAAAUAUUUCAAUGGUUUCCUGUUCAACAAACAAAUCUCCAAGGUCUACAUCUAUUAUCAAUGGUCAUUUAAUAACAUCAGAUGAUGACCAACUGAAAUCAAUUUUUAAAAUAUUCACCAUACAAAACAAUGAUACCGAAUUACCAAAAUUGGAAGACAGUCCUUGUUAUCAAACUCCCCUAAUGAGGCUUCCAAACGAGAUAUUCGAUGAGACAAUCGCCGGAUUCAAUGAAUCUAUAUUCGUUGAGCCCACAGAAACAACAAACACAAUCAACCCCAACGACGAACCUUCCAUUGAAUUGCACACCACUACUAGUGAUAAUGACAGUGAAUGCUCCACUAGCGUUGAUAAUGAGAAACGUUUUGAGAAAUCAUUACAUGAAACCAAUAAAUACAUAGACAACAAUUCAUAUAAAUACCUUAACUCUGCAACGUGUAAGUUUGACCAAAUGCUAAAUGAAUUUACAGAACCAGUAACUCAUGGAACAGCAAACCCCGCAACAAAUGUUGCAAUUGAAAAGCUUUUAAAUGUAAUUAGCGAAAGGGAUGAAGAAAUAGUGCAACUAAGACAAGAGUGUGCGCAGCUAAAUAACUACAUCAAGACGAUGCCCACAAGAGAAACUCUUAAGGAACAAAUAAGAAAUGAAAUGUUAUCUGUUGUAUAUUUUAGCAAUGCUGAAAUUAAUAAUCUUAAAUCAGAAAAUCGUGGAUUGAAAUUGCGAUUGUUGGACAUGGAAUCACUACAAUUUGAAAAGGAUAAGAGGAUACAACAAUUGCUAUCUGAACAUAUGUCGAGUGAACGAGAAAUGUGCAAUUUGAACAGAAAAAUGAAACUGAUGGAAAUUAAUUUGGAGGAUGAAAAGAUGGAAAAGAUGGAAUUAUCAAUGCAGUCACUUAAAAAUCAAAAGGAGGAAAGGAUUAGAGGAAGGUUUGAGUGGUGCAAAAAGUGGGAAUUGGAAAAAUUUGACAAGAUGCAAAUUGAAAAGGUAUCCACUGACAGACUUCAAAAGAUAUGUAAACUUGAAAAGGCACUUAAUGAAGUGGGAGAGACGUUGAAGAAUAGUAUUAAAAAUGAAAAUAAAUUAAAACAUAUUAUUCGAGAUAAAAACGAGGAACUUGCAAAAUGUAAAAAUGAGAUUGCAGAGUUGAAAUCGCUGAUAUUGGUCUCAAAAACCCAAAAUUCGUUGAUAAACACGUAUCAGUCAAAGCUGGAGGAUUUGACUUGUCAACUAGACAAUGAGAAGAUGUUAAACCAGAAAGACAAGGUGCUGAAAACUUUGGUGGAUGAGGAGUUGUGUAAUAUUGAAAUUUUGGAUGAAUCAUUCAAAAGGAAAAUAGAUGUCAUAGUUGACAAAAUUAGAAUUACAGGUAAAAAUAUACAAGUCGAUUGGAUCUGCAAUGAUAUGUUCAAAGUACAGGGGAGGAUUGUUCAGCUUAAGUUGGUAAAUGGAAAGGUUUGUGCUUUGAGAAAUGGCACGCCAUUCCCUUUGGAAUUGUUACUAUUGAAUUAA